AUGUAUUUUGAAUGUCCAUGCUCCUUUAAAAAGGAAUUAGAACAAGAAGAUCAAAUAAUACAACACAUAGAUCAUUGUGAACAGUUUAAUGUUGAUAGUCCUUUAUGCAAUAUGUACAAAAGGGGAAAUGUUGAUGAAGCACCAAUAGAACAAUUAGUAACUUUUUUGUGCGAUCUCAAAUUGCAAGUUGAAAGAAUAGAAAAUGUUUUAAGAAAACGUAUAAUAAUAUAACCAUAAUUUAGGUGGCUAUUAAAAAAAGACAGCCUCAAAUAUACAAGAAUUAAAUUUUGAUCAUUAUGCUAAAUAUGCUUCAAGUUCCAAAAUCAGAUCAAAUAUUUCUGGGGGGAAAUAAAACGGAAUUACUGUCAAGAUUCUUUCUCAUAACAUCUCAAGUGAAAAAUAACAAGGCUAAAUUGAAUAAGAAAAUCUAAACUAAAAUAACUAACUGCCUCCCACUCCUCCUCUAUCACCUAAUCGAUUUGAAGAGGAGAGAAACUAAAAUACAUUUACAGCUCAUUAACCAACCAUGUUAAUUGAAGAACAACCAAAAAUUAAUGGGCAAUAGCAAUCACAAUAACAAUAAGAUUAAAAGGUUGCUUGUGAAGCCUGUAGAAAAGCUUUCUAUUUCAAUCAAGAUUUUGAAAAAUUAUGGUUUUUGGAACAUUGUGGACAUGUAAUGUGUAAAUUAUGUAUUCAUCGAUUGGCUCAAGAAAAGUUUGUUGAAAAUGAUGGAAGAAUAAUGUGCAAGGAGAUUGGAUGCAUUGCGAGGAUUACAUACUUUGAAUUAAAAUAAAUACUUGGACUUGACAAAUUCAAUGAAUUGGAUAAAAAAUUAGCACUUAAAAAUUAAAAUAUAGUUGAAUGUAUUAAAUGCUAGUCUCAAUUCUCUUUUGAAAAAGGUAAUCCUAACGAAUAAGUGAAAGAUUAGUAAGGUAAAAGUAUAAGUGGUGAUGCACUAGUAAGUUAUGCUAAUAAUCGAUUUAUUUGUAAAUAAUGUAAGACUGAACAAUGUAGAUAAUGCAAUUCAGUACCAUUCCAUAUUGGAAUGACCUGUUAAUAAUAUAAGACUAACUAAUAAGCAAAUAAAUGUGUUCUUUGUGAUUUCCCUUGUGAAGGAAAGGUUUGUAAUUAAGAAGAUUGUUAAAAAAGAAUUUAAAGGUUAUGUCAAAAAACUUUANUAAAUUCCAGAUUCCCUCCUGUUUUAUAAAUGCUGUAACUUUAAAAAUAUAAAUUUGAUUAGAUUAAGUACUAUACAUAUUUAUUUUGA